GUCCGGCCCCCAGCCCCCUCAUGAGGGUGUCCGUGCCGGGUCCGGCGGCCGGCCGCGAGCCCUCGACGCCCGGGGGCGGAGGCGGAGGCGCCGUCGCUGCUGCCUCAGGCGCCGCGGUGCCGGGCUCGGUGCAGUUGGCGCUGAGCAUCCUGCACGCCCUGCUCUACGCCGCGCUCUUCGCCUUUGCCUACCUGCAGCUGUGGCGGCUGCUCCUGUACCGGGAGCGGCGGCUGAGUUACCAGAGCCUCUGCCUCUUCCUCUGUCUCCUGUGGGCAGCGCUCAGGACCACCCUCUUCUCCGCCGCCUUCUCGCUCAGCGGCUCCCUGCCCCUGCUCCGGCCGCCCGCUCACCUGCACUUCUUCCCCCACUGGCUGCUCUACUGCUUCCCCUCCUGUCUCCAGUUCUCCACGCUCUGUCUCCUCAACCUCUACCUGGCGGAGGUUAUAUGUAAAGUCAGAUGUGCCACUGAACUUGACAAACACAAAAUUCUGUUGCAUUUGGGCUUUAUAUUGGCAAGCCUUCUUUUUUUAGUGGUGAACUUGAUUUGUGCAAUGUUAGUCCACGGAGAUGUCCCAGAAAAUCAGUUGAAAUGGACUGUGUUUGUUCGAGCAUUAAUUAAUGAUAGUCUGUUUAUUCUUUGUGCCAUCUCUUUAGUUAGUUACAUAUGCAAAAUUACAAAAAUGUCAUCAGCAAAUGUCUACCUCGAAUCAAAGGGUAUGUCUCUGUGCCAGACUGUUGUCGUAGGCUCUGUAGUCAUUCUUCUCUACUCUUCAAGAGCAUGUUAUAAUUUAGUGGUGAUCACCAUAUCUCAGGAUACAUUAGAAAGUCCAUUUAAUUAUGGCUGGGAUAAUCUUUCAGAUAAGGCUCAUAUAGAAGACAUAAGUGGAGAAGAGUAUAUAGUAUUUGGAAUGGUCCUCUUUCUAUGGGAACAUGUGCCAGCAUGGUCAGUGGUACUCUUUUUCCGGGCGCAGAGAUUAAACCAGAAUUUGGCACCUGCUGGCAUGAUAAAUAGUCACAAUUAUAGUUCCAGAGCUUACUUUUUCGACAAUCCAAGACGAUACGAUAGUGAUGAUGACUUGCCAAGACUGGGAAGUUCAAGAGAAGGAAGUUUACCAAAUUCACAAGGUUUGGGCUGGUAUGGCACCAUGACUGGGUGUGGCAACAACAGUUACACAGUCUCUCCCCACCUGAAUGGACCUGUGACAGACACUGCUCCUUUGCUCUUUACUUGUAGCAAUUUAGAUAUGAGCAAUCACCAUAGCUUGUAUGUAACACCACAAAACUGAAAGCAUUACCAAGCCAUGAUUCUUCCAUUGUUUUUCAUGAACGUGUGUAUUCAAUGUGUUUAAAUUCCAUCUACAUAAACAUUCCAUUAUCUGUUGCAACUGAAAACAAAGCCUGGAAAUGUGGCUGUGUUCAGCAGAGGACACACUUGUUACUUUUGACCUUUUCAUAGCAAAAUGAAGUAAAAUGGGAAGUUUGGAGUAGAAGAAAAGGAUUGAUGGCUGCAAACAUCCUGACUUUGAAACAUCAAAUGCGUAUUUGCAUAUUUGCACUUUUAUCUUUGUUCUGAAAGAGUACACUGCAGUCCCCAAAGUCACACUCCAGUGUUCACACUGGGAUACUAUAUUGUACACCUAAUUAGGAGGCAAUUUUCCUAUGAAAAAUCAAAGCCUGUAUAUUCAGUGGUAUAUUCUAUGUAGAAUUCCUACCCAAUAAAAAUUUUAGUGUGAACAGUGCACAGGAUUAAGGUUAACAAUGUAUCAUUCUUUUUUAAAAUCUAAAAAACGUGUAAUCAUUGACGAUAGUUCUUUUAAGCAUGAUUGUAAGAUACCAACUGAAAUUAUUCAGUCAUUUUUAAAAGACCACAGUAAUCCUUUACAGUGAUGACCAGCAGUGUUCUUUGGAAAGCCACAGCCAUUUCUACAAGAAGAAAGUAUACCAGUGAAAAUUAUGUGGCUACUUUGAGUAGAAUUGGUCAAGUGAUUAUUUCAUCUGAUUAAGAUAUCUGUAGUAGUUUAAGCAUGAUUCUUCAAGAAAGCAAUAGUGAUUUUUGCAUAGGGAGAUUUUGGUAGAAACUUCUUGGGACUAAACAAGUUUACAGAUGCAUUUAAGAAUUAUUCAUAAAAUGUACAAUUCUAAGUUAAAACAUAAAUACAUUUUCAAAAGCAUUGGAUUUAGCUGAACAAGAUAUAGCUGAUUGUACCUAUUGAAUCAGGAUUGUCCUCAGGUAAAUUAAAUCAUGAUACAUUAUGGCAGUAAACUCAAGUGCAAUACUUUGUAAGACAUAUAAUUCCUCCUUUAGUUUUCCCAUUUUUAUAUCUUAUAUAUGGGCAAAGCCAGAUGAAAUUUAAUUCAAAUUAAUUCCAGCACUAAAUAAGCAAA